AUGCGCGCAACUGACCGUGCGGCUGCCGCAGCGUCCGCACUCGAGCCCAUCAUCAUCAACGACAGGGGCAGGAACGGCAUAGACACCAGGAUCUUGCAGACGAUCCCCCAGCUCUUCAACACACUCAACCCGCAGGUAUUGAACAUGCUGCACACGGCGGAGCGGUUCAUAAUCUCCACCGCACCCACUGCCUCCCAACCGCCCUCAUCGACGCCCGAGGCUCCCGCUCGCACCGACUCCCAUGCGAUCAAUACGUGUGAACGCGUGAUUGAGAACGCGGUGCGCUACAUCCCGCACUCAUCCUGCGAGCAACGCGAAGAACCGUCUGGGGAUGUGAUUUGCCAAGUGCUCGACACAUGUCGCGGCCCCAGGAACUAUUUCGCCGAGGCGGACAUCGUGGCCAUUUGCAAGAUCAUCUACCUGAAAGACGAAUUAAACAAGAAGAUCUACUUCAAGCUCUUGCACAACUUGCUGCUGAUGGACGAGCAAACCUGCCAUACCGUGCUGAGGUGCUUCCUGUCCAUCAUGCACGCAUCGAUUUUGGCGUUGACCAACAACUACGUCUCGACCAUAAAGACCGACAAGUUCUUCAGCACGCUGCCGCGCUUGUGCAAUUCGAAAAAGGAUGACUUCCCUCCUGCCCAUUUGUAUGGCAGGUUGCCAUACAGGCACGUCUCGCUUGACGGCCGUUUGGAUGCAGACGCCAGGCAGCACAACUCCUAUUUCAUGGGCACGGUAUCUGAAGCCGUGAAUAUGGGAUGUGUGGAUAUGGGCAUCGGAUGUUCCAGUUACGUUUCCUGUGAGCGUGUGCUGGAGCAGCUGCGCAGCAUGCUGAUUGCCUUGCCUGGCGCCAUGCAGUUCUUCGGAAUGCCAAUCGCGCUGUCGGCUUCUGACGAGGGCUCGUCGCGUUCGGAUUCCCGCAGCAAGCGCUGCAAGGUGUCGGGACUCAAGUCCGAGAAGCGGUCGCCGCAUCGCCACAUGUAUCCCAUUGGGUUCCUCUUCAUGGCAACGGCAACCAAAAUGUUCCAGUCGUCGCCGAAGUUGAUGAACCACCUCAUGAUGGUGAUCCAGCACCUGGUGGUGAGCCCCGAGACUCUAAACGUCCACGGCGCCUUGGUGGCCCCCGUUUCACUCGAUGACUCGUCCAACGCCAGCCAUGUCGCUGGCGCCACGCCUCCCGAGAAUCACGACUCGGUCGAAAUGGCGUCGGGUGACGAAGAUGGGAGUGCCGGCCGCGGAGACGACACGAUGAAUACUUCGGUAGACUCGUCGCAGGCCUCGAACUCGCACAGAAGCCAGGAUGACAGCAUUUUGCGCGUCAAGCAGGAUAUCCUGAACAAACUGGACAAGGACGCCGUCAACUUAUUUUUGGACAUCCACACGUCGUGGUGUCACCGCAGCAACUGGUUGCUGUCUUGCAACACCAUGCGCGACGGUUCCUCCAGUGCCCAUCUGCAGCUUGUGGCCCGGAUCAUGUCGGCGCUGCUGUUGAGCGAGAAACAUGCGUCUAACGUGCGGGAAUUCUUUAUCAGCAGGUUGAACGAGCUAAUCGGCGUGUUGUGUAAGUCGUCGCUGGACAUGCAGGCGCAAAGGGGCGAGAUCAUUGAGGCCGACAAUGAAAACGUCAUUCUUUUCGAGGGCGUCAGCAUAUCCGCGCUGGAGCACCGCAUCGCCGCCAUGGUGCGCAUCGUGACCUUCGUCAACGAGAUGUUCACGGAGGUGCACAAGGCUGAAACUGCUGAUUCAUCGGUUAAGUCCAACCGGCCAGCGAUGUUGAACGAGUUUUACAGCAACGUGAACCUCGACCGACUCUGGCGCGCUCUUGAUUACACGUUGACCGACCUCGUCAGGUUGGGAGGCAGCAGAGAAUUCCGACACCAAGGACCCGCGCUCAUCGCAGUCGCUGAACGGCCGUGA